AUGUUAACCUCCUCUCUGUUUAGAAGAACCUUAACUCAAACUUGCCGAAGAACUUUUAUAUCAAGUGCAUUUAGUAUGUCCCAGAACCAAGAAGUAAAAAUUGAACGUAUUAGUCCAGGAGAUGGGAAGUCAUUUCCUUCCACGGGAGACCUAGUCACAAUUCAUUACGUCGGUACUCUUGAAAAUGGAAAGAAGUUUGACUCCUCCAGAGAUCGUAAUCAGCCAUUCCAAACUUACAUUGGUGUUGGUCAGGUGAUUCAGGGUUGGGACCAGGCCAUUCCAAAACUGUCUAUUGGAGAGAUUGCAAGAUUGACGAUUCCAGGUCCACUAGCUUAUGGAUCCCGUGGAUUCCCCAAUAUCAUCCCCCCUAAUGCUACUUUGAUUUUCGAAGUAGAGCUUUUGGGGAUCAAUUAG